AUGCUGGCGUUUUUCUUCAGCAAGGUGCCUUUUGGCACCCACCUGGCCAUCAAUUUCGCCGUGAGAAUCGCCCUGAUCGUCUACGGAGACUUCAUGGAUCGCGUCUCGCACGUGCCCUACACGGACAUCGACUACAAGGUGAUUACAGAUGCUGCUGCCCAUGUUCUCAAUGGCGACAGCCCUUAUCGCCGGGAAACCUUCCGCUACUCACCUUUGCUGGCAUUCUUGGUGCUUCCAAAUCAUUUUGUGCACCGGAAUUUCGGCAAAUUUCUCUUCGUCCUCUUCGAUUUGGCCGUUGGAGUGCUCAUUCGGCGCAUCGUUGACGAUGAGUAUCGCAUAAUCUACCAGAGAAACGCCCAAGUGAUGAUGGAAUCACUGCCAGGGAGGAGGAGAGGAGCGCACAAGCGCAUGGAAGAGGCUGUGGAGGUGACUUUGCGGAAGAAGAAGGCUUUGGUGGGUCAAUUGAGCGCCUACAUGUGGCUCUACAAUCCCUUAACUAUGGUGAUUGCGACGAGAGGUAAUGGAGACGCUAUUGCUAGUCUCCUCGUGCUCCUGACUCUGCACUUUAUCCAGAAACCCAAGAUUUCUGGCUGGAAUUGCUUCGUGGCUGGCAUUUUUCAUGGCAUAGCGAUACACUUUCGACUCUAUCCUCUUGGAUUUAGUCUUGCAUACUACUUGAGUGUGUCCGGGAAGAGUUUCCGAACAGCUGAAGAGUACUUCAAUGGAAUGUGGCCGAAUAGGAGACAGCUGGCACUGGUUGGAGGAACUCUGGGCACUCUGAUGGCUCUCACAGUGUCGUUCUAUGUGAUGUACGGUCAGGAGUUCCUUCAUGAGACGUACAUUUAUCAUCUGAUAAGGACAGAUGUGCGGCACAACUUCUCAGUGCUGUUUUACAUGCAGUACUUGAGAUCUGUGGUGCCGGGAAGUGGACUGGAGAAGGUCUUCACCGCCAUACCGGUCAUCUUGGUGCUUCUGGCCAUUACUGUGGUGUUCGGCAGGAGUCGCCAGACGCUCUCCUUCGGCCUCUUUGCCCUCGCCUUGACUAUGGUCACGUACAAUUCCGUCGUCACGUCGCAAUACUUCAUCUGGUACAUCGCUUUGCUGCCCAUUUCGGCCAAGAAUCUGACCAAGAUGGGCAAAUCCGCCGUGGCGUACGCUGUGCUGUGGUUCCUGGCGCAGGGAGCGUGGCUUCUGCCAGCGUAUCUGCUGGAAUUCCAAGGCUGGGACACAUUUGACUUCAUCUGGCUGCAGGGACUUGUAUUCUUCAGUGUAAAUGUUUUCAUACUCUCGCGCUUGAUUGCCGUUUAUGAGACACCCAGAGAUUUUACGGUGAAGCAAAAGUAGUGGAAAAAUGCGUAGAAUUGAAUAAAUGAUGGAUAAAAAAAGAUGGAAAAAAUCGAUCCUGCCAGGAG